UGUGCCUAUUGGCGUUUCCCGAUCCUUUUUCCGGAUUUUCAGCUCGGUCUUCCGGGGAAGGAGAGCUCCAGGAGGUUGGAGGCGAGGGAGCGCGAGUCAGCAGGGGGCGUGACCUCGGUGGCGGGCGUGGGCGUGGCCACAGAAAAGCCAGGCGGGGUCUCAGCUGAGUGGGUGGGGCCCGGGAGCUGCUUUAGCGGAAUAGAGCCCCGCGGGAGCGGCGCUGCUCCGAGGGGCGGGGCCCUGGGCAGGCCCGAGAAGGGCGGGGAAGUAGCUGCGCGGGGUUGUAGGGCUCCGCGCUCAGCUCCCACCGCUGAGCCGGCAACAAGCGCGGGUCUGGCGGAGCGCGGUGCCGAGCGGAGAUCGCGAGGCGACCGGGAGCGGCUGGGCCCCCGGCGGCGCGCCCCUCGGCCGGGCCGGGAGCCGCGCCAAUCGGUGCCCCCAGCCGAGCGCGGUCCGCCUUCCUCCCAGCGAUCGGCCGUCCGGAGUGUGACCAGAGGGCAUGCCGGAUCCACCAGGGGCGCCGCCGCCUGCGCUCGCAGGCCGCGGGUGAAGAAGAAAGCACGGCCUCGCUCGGCCCGGAGCGAAGAAGUGACCGGGAGCGAAGAGGUGACCCGGGGCGAAGAGGGGUCUCGGAGCGAAGAGGUGGUCGGAAGCGAAGAGGUGGCCCUGAGGGAAGAGGUGGCCCCGAGCGAGGAAAUGGCGGCAGCCGGGCUCAGCGUGACCGUCACCCACAGCAAUGAGAAGCAUGACCUUCAAGUUAUCCCACAAGAGGGCUGUAGUGAACCAAUUGUCCAAGACCUGGCCCAGGUUGUUGAAGAGGCCACAGGGGUCCCGCUGCCUUUUCAGAAACUCAUAUUUAAGGGAAAAUCUCUAAAGGAAAUGGAGACACCAUUGUCAGCACUUGGAAUACAAAAUGGUUGCCGGGUCAUGUUAAUUGGGAAGAAGAACAGUCCAGAGGAAGAGGCUGAACUAAAGAAGCUGAAAGAUUUGGAGAAGUCUGUGGAGAAGAUAGCUGACCAACUGGAAGAGUUGAAUAAAGAGCUUACUGGAAUCCAGCAGGGUUUUCUGGCCAAGGAUUUGCAAGCUGAAGCUCUCUGCAAACUCAAUAGGAGAGUAAAAGCGACAAUUGAGCAGUUUAUGAAGAUCUUGGAAGAGAUUGACACACUAAUUCUGCCAGAAAAUUUCAAAGACAGUAGAAUGAAAAGGAAGGGUUUGGUGAAAAGGAUUCAGGCGUUCCUAGCUGAGUGUGACACAGUGGAGCAGAACAUCUGCCAGGAGACGGAGCGACUGCAGUCCACAAACUUGGCCCUGGCUGACUGAGGUGAGGCGCAGAAGGCUGUGCUGCCCUGAAGAACAGCUCCACCAGCUCUGCCCUCUCUGGAACUGAAGUUACACACUUUCUCCGGGGCUGCCGGGGACAACUGGCCGAUUGCCCGUUUUCCUUCUCUUACACCUGCUCUCCGUCAACAACUAUUGUCUGUACAAUCUUUAGUGCUCCUGUCAGUUUCUCAUUCUGUCUCUGUAUAUCUAUGCUGUCCAGCAGCCCACCUUGUCUGAAGAGGGCCUCCCAUGUCCAUCUCUUCGUAGCUUUGUUGACUUUUGGGUGCUUACUUUGGGAUGGUCAGAGCUGUCAUUUGUCCUGGGGUAGUUCAAGUUUGUUGGCCAUCCUGUCUUCAGAUACGUGAGGCCCUUUAGCCCUUGUGAUCUCAUAGUCCCAUCUUUGUAAACCAGAAUCACCAGGAGGCUGUGUCUGGUCAGGAAGGUUGGGAAUGGCUCAGAACAGGUACAGGCACACAGGAGGUCCAAGUGUCUCUCGUGUGACCUAAUUCUGGAACAGCUGGCUGGGUUGUAGGUUCGUACACCCUGUCUUCACCCCCCAGUGACCCUCAGCAGCCACAGGCCGUGAAGUCUUGGCGUCAUUCCUAGAGUGGGGCCUGUGGUUGAUACAUGGACUUCCUUGUCCCCAAGCAGAUCUCUAGGAGGUUAGAACCCAGAGUUGACUAAGUUUGUGCUCAAAACCGGGUCAGAACCAUGGCUUAGGAGGGGCAGAGAGGGGAGACAGUGUGAAUAAAGCAGGCAGGUAGUGAGGCCGCCGUAAACUUCUCAGGAGUUCCUUCAAAGGCAUUUCUGUUAACUGUACCCUUCUGAGAUCUGUAUUUCCUUAGAGGCUUUUUCUGUCUGUUUUGUGGCCCUAUUGCCCUUCAUUGUUAUUUAAAAAAUAAAACAGUUUAUAUACACGUUAGCAA